AUACUGUGGCUUAUUAAAGGCAAAAUUAUUAUGAGUUGAGGUUAUGAAGCAAACAAUUCUUAAAGUUAACCAUGAAUUCACAAAUCCUCUCAUUUCCAUUGCCGAUUUUCUUUUUCUUGUUCGUCUUAUUCUUAUGGGCAAUAUGGAACAAAUUAAUGAUAAAUGGCAAACGUGUAAACCUACCCCCUGGACCAUGGAAGCUUCCCAUUAUCGGAAACAUACACCAGUUAAUCGGUGGUCUUCCGCAUCAUAAACUUCGAGACUUGGCAAACAAAUAUGGAUCAAUUAUGCAGUUACAGAUUGGAGAAGUUCCAACGGUUAUCAUUUCUUCCUCAGAACAUGCAAAACAAGUGCUGAAAACACAUGACAUCCUCUUUGCUCAAAGGCCAUUCCUCUUGGCUGCAGACAUCAUAUUAUAUAAGGCCUCAGAUGUUGCUUUUGCUCCCUAUGGGGACUACUAUAGGCAACUGAAGAAGAUUUGUAUGAUGGAGAUCUUUAGUUCGAAACGUGUCCGCUCGUUCCGCCCAAUCAGGGAAAAAGAGGUAUCAAAUUUCAUCAGAUCCAUUUCAUCCAGUGCAGGAUCACCUAUCAACCUUACCAAAAUGUUCAAUUCAUUAACGUCUACUAUUACUGUAAGAGCGGCUUUCGGCGACAAAUGCCCUCUGGGCCAGGAAGAAUUCCUACCAGUUUCCCAUGAAGUUACAAAGAUGAUGUCAGGCCUUAGUAUCGUCGACUUGUUUCCCUCUUCCAAAUUGCUGCCUGUGAUUACCGGUAUUCGGUAUAGACUCAACAAAGUGCACAAAAAAGUCGAUCUUGUGCUUGAGAAGAUAAUCAAUGCACAUAGAAUCUCCAUAUCAGCAAAAACGAAUACGGAUGAAGAUUUAGUCCAUGUUCUGUUAAAUCUUCAAGAGCAAGGAGAUCUAGAAUUUGCCUUAACAACCGACAGUAUUAAAGCGGUUAUACUGGAACUUUUCAUUGCAGGGACUGACACAUCGGCUAUAGUUCUAGGAUGGGCAAUGUCAGAAUUGAUAAAAAAUCCCAAAUCGAUGCAGAAAGCACAAGCUGAGGUUAGACAUGUUUUUUCCGGAAAGAGAGAUGUGGAUGAAACAAUUAUUGAUGAAUUAAAGUAUUUAAAGUUGGUUAUUAAAGAAACGUUAAGAUUGCAUCCUCCUGCUACAAUCCUAGCUCCUAGGAAAGUUUCGGAGCAGUGCCAAAUCAGUGGAUUUGAUAUUCUAGCCGAGACUAGAGUGUUUGUAAACGCAUGGGCUCUUGGAAGGGAUCCUAAUUAUUGGUUUGAAGCUGAAAAGUUUUGUCCAGAGAGAUUUAUUGACAGUCCAGUAGACUAUAAAGGAGGCAGUUUCGAAUAUUUGCCAUUUGGUUCCGGAAGGAGGAUGUGUCCAGGUUCUCUACUUAGCCUGUCGACAGUGGAGCUUGCACUCGCACAUUUAUUGUACCAAUUUGAAUGGGAACUCCCUAACGGUAAGAAGAAAGAAGAUCUAGACAUGGCUGAGAAAUUUGGCGGAGUAACUGGACGGAAAAAUGAUUUGUACCUCAUUCCCAUCCCGUACCAUCAGGUUCCUACUUACUAGCAGAACCUCAGCAGGUAGCAGUACCAAAUAAGUGCUAGUUUGAAAGUUUAAGAUUUUAAUUUAUUUUUCUUUCUUUCUUCUGGUAUAAUAAUUGAAACAAAAAAACCAUGUUAUGAGCAAUAAUGAAAUUUAAAAAUUUGAAUUA